AUGAAGUCACUUGCAUAUCUUGACCUCUCUUCCAACAAACUAAGAGGUUCGAUUCCUGAUGUUUUCAUAAACAUCAGCUCACUUGAAUAUCUAUACCUCUAUUUCAACCAAUUCAGUGGUUUGAUUCCUGAUGCUUUCAGAAACAUGAGAUCAAUCAAAGAGCUAGACAUCUCUUCCAACCAAUUAAGUGGUUUGAUCCCCGAUGCUUUCAUGAACAUGGGCUCACUUGCAUAUUUUGACCUCUCUUCCAACCAAUUAAGUGGUUUGAUCCCCAAUGCUUUCGCAAGCAUGAGCUCACUUGCAAACCUUGACCUCGACCUAUCCUCGAACCAGUUAAGUGGUUUGGUCCCCAAUUCUUUUGCAAACAUGAGCUCACUUGAAAAUCUUGACCUCUCUCAUAACCCACUUAAAGGAGGAAUACCAGCAUCCAUCAGCCAGUUAUGUAGUCUGAGAUCUUUUUGGAUUUCAAGUUGCAAUCUGACUGAAUUUUCUGAGUUUGUUCAAAGACAGUCCACAUGUCCUCAGAAUUCAUUAGACAGUUUGGAUCUUUCCGAUAACAAUCUUGUUGGGUCUUUUCCUAAUCUUACAAACUUUUCAUCAUUGGAGGUGUUACAACUCUCUAAAAAUAAGUUUAGCGGAAUGGUUCCAGAUAGUGUUGGGCAACUCUCCCGUUUGUAUGAGUUAGAUCUUUCUGGAAAUCAAUUAAGCGGAAGAAUUCCAGAAAGUAUUGGGCAAAUAUCAUCGUUGGAUAGAUUGGAUCUCUCCAGGAAUCGGCUAAGCAGAAGAAUACCUCAGAGUAGGACAAUUGUCUAG